CAGCGCCGUUUCCAGUUGAGAGAUGGCGGCCGCCGCAGGUAGAUCGCUCCUGCUGCUGCUCUGCUCCCGGGGCGGCGGCGGGGGCGCCGGCGGCUGCGGAGCGCUGACUGCCGGCUGCUUUCCCGGGCUGGGCGUCAGCCGCCACCGGCCGCACCAGCAGCACCGGACGGCACACCAGAGGCCGGCUUCCUGGCAGAGCAUGGGAGCUGCACAUUGCAGUACGGUUGUGCCCUCUGAUGACGUGACGGUGGUUUAUCAGAAUGGGUUACCGGUGAUAUCUGUGAGGCUACCUUCUCGGCGCGAACGCUGCCAGUUCACACUCAAGCCUAUCUCUGACUCAGUCGGCGUGUUUUUACGACAACUGCAAGAGGAGGAUCGGGGAAUCGACAGGGUCGCGAUCUACUCGCCAGAUGGUGUUCGAGUAGCCGCCUCCACGGGGAUAGACCUCCUGCUCCUGGAUGACUUUAAGCUUGUCAUUAAUGACUUGACGUACCACGUACGGCCACCAAAGAGAGACCUCCUAAGCCAUGAGAACGCCGCCACGCUGAACGAUGUGAAGACGCUGGUCCAGCAGCUUUACACCACACUGUGCAUUGAGCAGCAUCAGCUGAACAAGGAGCGGGAGCUCGUGGAGAGGUUAGAGGACCUCAAACAGCAGCUGGCCCCCCUGGAGAAGGUACGAAUUGAAAUUAGCAGGAAAGCAGAGAAGAGGACCACUCUGGUGCUGUGGGGAGGCCUUGCCUACAUGGCCACGCAGUUUGGCAUUUUGGCCCGGCUUACCUGGUGGGAAUACUCCUGGGACAUCAUGGAGCCGGUCACCUACUUCAUCACGUAUGGAAGUGCCAUGGCCAUGUAUGCAUAUUUCGUAAUGACACGCCAGGAAUAUGUUUACCCAGAAGCCAGAGACAGACAAUACUUAUUAUUUUUCCAUAAAGGAGCCAAAAAGUCACGUUUUGAUCUAGAGAAAUACAAUCAGCUCAAGGAUGCAAUUGCUCAGGCAGAAAUGGAUCUUAAGAGACUGAGAGACCCGUUACAAGUACAUCUGCCCCUCCGACAGAUCGGAGAAAAGGACUGAUCAGAGAACGACAUGAAUCCCGGCAGAGAGUGCGCCUGUUUGUAACUCACGCCUUUUUAAUUACAGCAUGGCAGGUGGAAGCUGGGGCCGUGUGGGGUAGAGGGUUUUUACCUUUAAUUCUAAAAACAAAACACAAAAAGGAUCUUAGGGGAAAAAAGGGAUCUUAAACGCUGAGGAUCAGGUAUCGUGGAAUCCAAGCGCAAAGGGCUUAGUGAAUCUUGUCUUAAGCAUCUGUUUCCCGUUGAGAAUGAAGACACAGUUGCAGUUGGGAGGAGGAUGCUGGGGUGUUUGCUUCUUGCAUCUUUGCAGGGUCUGCAAAACACUAACACACCAGCACCCCACUCAGCUCUAGAUUUUUUUUGUUUUUGUUUUUUAAUUUAAAGUUUCUUAUUUUUGACAUAGGAAUAAAUAAGUAUAUAAGGAAAUCAAAUCUUCUGCUACGUGAUUGGCAGAGUCUGGGCCUGUGCAGUUAGCCUUCAUUUUAAGCUGGACCUGGCCUCUGCAAAGUUACCGGAAUCUCUCUGUCCUGCACCUCUUUUCUGACCACCCACCUACUUACGGAUACCAGUUGGUCACACUGCUUAGCCCACAUAAUCAUUGGAAUUAAUUUAUGAUUGUUUGAUGAUUGACACUUGGAUUGAUGAUAUCUCAUGUCUGUCUCCCUGGGCUCUGAAUCAGUGUCUAGAAGUCAGCGGCAAUGCCGCAUGGGGGGUAUUUUUUUAUUCUUCUUCUUCUUUUUUUUUUUUUCUUUUGGUUUGGUUUGGUUUUUUACUAAUUAGUCUUGAGAGGAGGAAAAGGAUUCCUUCCUUUAUGUACUGAUCCCACUGAUAAUUCCCACUUCCUGCACACCACAGAUCAUAAGGCCAGUGCUCAUCCCUGUUACCAAACGGGAGGAUGUAAGGUUUACAAAUUGGCUAAAAAUCAGUCUCUGAGGCUCUUUUGGAACCAGGAUGUUCUUAGUUAAUCUAAGACACACUCAUCCUCACCAUCAUGUGCCCCCACAACUCCACCACCCCAGUUACUGGAAAUCAAGGGCAGAUCUCAAAGGGUGCAGCUAUCUUUUUACCAGGAAUACCUUCCUAUGGCUUCCUUUAACCUGUCUUCUCUACCCCGUUUCUUUUUAUCUUAAAUCGAGAGACAGGAGAAUUCUUACACUUUACUCUAUCAAGAGUGUUUUCUACCAUCUUCCCAGAUGGUGUCUGCACUCGGAAGUCAAAGCACUCUGCCUACUGUCCUGUUUUUAACUGUUCUGGGGACAGGAUGGCAAGGAGGAUGGGGGCUUGCCAUAUAGCUGAUCGGGUAUUUAGUUUUGGUUUUUUUCUUCACAUGACUCACCCCUCCUCACGGGACAAGGGUUUUGGUUUUUUUUUUUUUUUUUUCCUCCUCCUCCUCCUUCUGGGAUCAUUGUGUAUGAAAAAAGACCUUCAAAUGACAAAUCCAGAUUCCAGGUGCCUUGCAGAGGUUGAAGGCCAGCUGGGCCAUGGCUUCCACCACCAGCCGUCACUGGCCUGACAGAGUGAGAGGAUGCAUGUCUCAGUCCCCAGCCCGCCUCCUCCUUCCUUACUGUUGUUCAACCUCUCCCUUGUUUCCUUUCCUUGUGCAGAUUAUUUUUAGGCCAUCUAUCCUGUUUGUGUGCAGGGUUUUUAAGAAGAAACGGCACAGUGCAAUGAGCAAAUCCUCUGGGUGUUAUGGGAGGCAAGGGGGGCGAGCAACAUGUUGAACACGUGUACAAUCCUGUAUCAUUUAUGAAAUAUGUAUAAAAAGCAAUGUACCUUCUGGAACAAUAAAUACUUAUUCAAUUUUUGAA